GACUUUUUUUUUUUUUUUUUGGACGUGACGGUGUUUUAACGUCGGUGUGCUUUAUGGCCACCAGGCUGCCAUUGUCAUGUUUCCCCGGCAUGGAGAGUGUUGGUUGGGUAAGGGGACAAGACAAUUAAAAAGAUUGACAGGUAGCCUCCUCUGUCAGGGCUGACGCUGGCGGAGAAGGGGAGGAGUAAAAAAAAAAAAUGUAGCAGGAAAAGCCUCGAUGCGUCUGUCUAUCAGUUGAGACGGUCUGAAAACAGCUUGUGGAUCCAUCGCGUUUCCGUUUUUUUUCUUCCUGGGGUUCGAACUCGGAUCUGUCCCCCCUCCCUCCUUUCUUGUUUAAGAGACAAGCGUGUUACGAGUCCAUGUCGCCAAAGCUUUUUUAGAUGCAUGCGUCUCAAGUGUUCCUUCUCGCCGCAUCAAACAGACCCUGCUCAAGAUGCCGCGAGAUAUAAUCAAUCCUAAAAGCGUAGGUUUCUGACUUUUAAAAAAAGGGGUGCACAGAAAGGACUCGUUUCUUAUCAGACUGGACUUAUUUGUUUUGUUUGUUAUUUUUGAGUUUUCUAAAGCGCCGCAAACUAUCGCCCCGCUACAACUCCAAAGAUUUUUUUUUUUUUUUUUUGUAAUUCCAGCGGAAGUGAAGUGAAAACUUUGGGUAUUUUGUUGAAAUUACAUCCACGGGGGGGCGAAAUGAAGGAAGAUGAUAUUUGAUGGACACGAAGGUCUCCUGAGCUGCUACGUAAUUUUUCCAACCCCACGACGUUGGAGCCGAUCCGGCUAUUAAAGUCUAAAAAUAUCAGCCGGUGUAAAGAGAAGACUGACAUUUUCUGCUCUGAGAUCAAAACGCUCCCCCCCGAAAAGGGAUGAUUUUUCACCACUGACAGACUUCCAGUUCUUUGUCAUUCCUGCAUGAGAAGCACCGUGGAGGUUGACGGUCACUAUGCCGAGGAGAAAGCAGCAAGAGCCGCGGCGAUCAGCAGCGUACAUGCCCGAAGAUGAACUUAAGGCACCUGCUCACGAUGAUGAAGAGCACCUUCAGGAUGAUGGCCUCUCAUUAGAUGGUCAGGACACUGAGUUUCUGUGCAAUGAGGAAGAGGAAGAUGUAGGAGGGCAGCCACCUAGUUACAGAGACUCGCCACUCAGCAAUGGCACCAACCCUGAUGCUGGAUAUGGGUCCCCGCUGAGUGAUGCCAGUGACCGACUUACAGACUUCAAAAGCCCUUCCUCUCGGGAUGGUCAAGAGAAGGAGGGUGCAACUUUGCCCUACACACCAAACAACGGCCUCUCUUUCCAGGAUAGCCUGGCUCAGAUGAAAGCCGUCUAUGCAAACCUCAUAUCAGAUGCCUCUUGGUCCAGCAUUACAAUGGACAUCAUGAAAUCCAAGUCUGCUGCAGCUGGCAGUGUCAGCACUGUCCUCACCAAUUCAGAAGCUGCCUCUACUGCCCCAGUCUCUACAAACACAACAACGACUACAAACAAGAGCAAUGGGAUCAACAUGAUCAACAAUCACCACAAUGGCAGGAGUUCCAGCGCCACUGUCAACCACACCGGCACUACAACUGUUAACACUAAUAGCACAGCAGCUAGCACGGUUAAUAGCCACACUGCAACCAGCAGCAAUGGGAGCAACAGUGCAGGGGCUAAUAACGGCAGUGGCGUGGCCUACGACUGGCACCAGGCAGCACUUGCAAAAACUCUUCAGCAGACCCCCUACCACCUUUUACCAGAGCCAAGCCUUUUCAGCACUGUCCAGCUGUACCGCCAAAACAAUAAGUUGUAUGGCUCCGUAUUCACUGGUGCAAGCAAAUUCCGCUGUAAAGACUGCAGCGCCGCCUAUGAUACAUUAGUGGGGUUGACGGUCCAUAUGAAUGAGACUGGCCACUAUCGAGAUGACAACAAAGACAAAGAGGAAGAUCAUGGAAAGCGCUGGUCUAAACCUCGCAAGCGCUCCCUAAUGGAAAUGGAAGGGAAAGAAGAUGCUCAGAAGGUGCUAAAGUGCAUGUACUGUGGCCACUCAUUUGAAUCACUGCAGGAUCUCAGCGUUCAUAUGAUUAAGACUAAGCAUUACCAGAAAGUGCCUCUCAAAGAACCGGUGCCAGCAUUGGCAACUAAACUCGUACCAACAGCCACUAAAAAACGAGCAAUCCAUGAUGCUAUAAUAUCUCCAUGCUCCCCAGACUCUAUUCAUACUGGUGGUAGUGGUGGAACUGUAUCACUUGGGGAUGCUAGCAAAGAUCCAAAAGCAGCAGCUAACCCUUAUGUAACAGCAAACAACCGCUAUGGCUACCAGAAUGGUGCCAGCUAUACAUGGCAGUUUGAAGCUCGCAAAGCUCAGAUCCUCAAAUGCAUGGAGUGUGGUAGCUCGCAUGAUACGCUACAACAACUUACUGCCCACAUGAUGGUCACGGGUCACUUUUUAAAGGUCACAAAUUCCGCAUCCAAGAAAGGGAAACAACUGGUGUUUGAUCCUGUGGUGGAAGAAAAGAUUCAGUCUAUACCACUACCACCAACCACCAACAAAUUGCCUGUUCCUAAUAGUGUCAAGUCUCAGCCUGUGUCCCCUGCCCUUUCGUCUUCCUCAGAGGAAAAGCGGGACGUAAGUGAGGAUGAGAAAGUGGAAAGUGGGGAGCCAAUGGACAGAAAAAUCAAGGAGGAGAAAGAUGACACGGGUGAAAAAGUUGAGGCAGAUGCCACAUCAUAUAAAUAUCUGAGAGAAGAAGAUCUGGAAGAAACUCCUAAAGAAGGUCUAGAUAUUCUUAAAUCCCUUGAAAAUACAGUUUUAAGUGCCAUUAGCAAGGCCCAGACAGGCACUCCAACAUGGGGUGGAUAUCCUAGCAUUCAUGCGGCUUACCAGCUCCAUGGUGCUUUAAAAAGCUCUGCUACUCUUCUGCCCCCCACAAUCCAGAGUGUCCAGAUGCAACCAAUGUUUAACAGUGGGAUUCGAAACCUUGUGAGUGACCCCAGUUCAGUCAUCCACUCACCUCGGAGCCCCUCAUCCCCCACUCCCCUAAGAAGUAACGUCACUGCUAUGGAGGAGCUGGUCGAGAAAGUGACGGGUAAAACUGCCACUGUAAAGAAAGAGAAAGAGGAGAAGGUGGUGAGUGCGGAGCGAAGCCGGCCUCCAUCAUUAGUAAAAUCUCCCUCACCGGCCCUGAGAGAGCAGCGAGAUCAACUGGUCUCUCCAAGUGAUCUCACUGGCAGUAAACCAUCUGGUAUGAGGAGUACCAGCCCAGGCAGUGAAGAUUCUGAGUUUAUUUGCAAGAAGGAGCCUAAAGAAAGUAUUGUGGAUGUCCAUAAUAACAAUUCAAGGAAUGGCCCCGAGACAUGUCAGUCUCCAGUAACUAACGGCAACAGUCUCGGCAUCAUCACUGAUCACUCACCAGGAAGUCCUUUUAUCAACCCCCUCAGUGCACUCCAGUCAAUCAUGAACACACACCUGGGUAAGGCCUCGAAAACUGUAUGCCCAGCUGCAGACCCACUUUCUAUGCUGUACAAAAUCAGUACUAGCAUGAUGGAUAAACCGGCCUUCAACACACCAACUCAGGGCAAAACCGCUGAGCCCAUCAACCACUAUCCUUUGUAUGAAACCAACGACCAACCUAUGGACUUGAGUAAACACAAGUCUUACACUAACAGUCACAAUAACAACAGCAGUAGUGUGGCGAAAACUCUUGUAAAUGGUAACAAACCUCUCAUUACCCUCGCUGACACAGUUUCUUCCCCCCUGAGAGAGAAUGCUCUAAUGGACAUCUCUGAUAUGGUAAAGAACCUCACCGGGAGACUUACUCCCAAAUCCUCAACUCCUUCUUCUAUCUCAGAGAAGUCAGACGCUGAUGGCAGCGCAUUUGAAGAUGCUCUGGAGGAUCUUUCCCCAGUGCAGAAGAGAAAAGGGAGACAGUCCAACUGGAAUCCCCAGCACCUCCUUAUCCUGCAGGCCCAGUUUGCCUCUAGCUUGCGAGAGACCUCUGAAGGACGCUAUGCCAUGACCGACCUGGGCCCUCAGGAAAGAGUCCACAUCUGUAAGUUCACAGGCCUCUCAAUGACUACCAUAUCCCACUGGCUAGCUAACGUCAAGUACCAGCUGAGACGGACUGGGGGCACCAAGUUUCUCAAGAACAUGGACUCAUGCCAGCCUGUGUUCCUCUGUGGUGACUGUGCUUCCCAGUUCAGGACUCCCUCCUCCUACAUCAGCCACCUUGAGUCUCACCUGGGCUUUAGUUUGAAGGACCUGUCCAAACUGUCAACUGAGCACCUACGGGAGCAGCAGGCUGCCUCAAAGGUGAUCACGGACAAAAUGACAUUCAGCAGUCCUCUGUCAGCCUUGACCACGUCAGAGGACGACAUUGGCUCCGUGUACCAGUGCAGACUUUGCAAUCGGACAUUCGUCAGCAAACACGCAGUCAAGCUGCACCUCAGUAAGACCCACGGGAAGUCUCCCGAGGACCACCUGGUGUUUGUCACAGCUUUGGAGAAACUGGAGAAACUAGACAAAAUGGAAACUGUUUAAGGAGGGUCUCAGUGAUUGACAGCUAUGGAACUGACUAAAAUUUCAUUGCACUAAAACAACAUUGUUCACCGUUACUGCACUGGGCCGAACUGAGCCAACAGAAAGAAAAAAAAAUGAAAUAAGUAAAAAGAAAUGUUCCGUUGUGAUUAAUGCCUGACUGGACCAUGUUGAUUUGUUGUUGUUUUUUGUUUGUUUGUUUUGCCAAACCUUUUUUACACUUAUUUUGUAAUAUAUUUAUAUGCUAUAUGUCCGAUCUGUGCAUGUAUUUUAGUGACGCAAGGUUGAAAUGAUUUUAAUAUUCCUCAUUGCAAAAAUACAACUACUGUGUCAAUGGUAAAAGCGAAAAUGCAUUGGAAGUAUGGAAAUUUGUAAAAUACUUGAUAUGAAGAAGAGGAGAAUUAAAUGUAUACACCAAAAUAAUUAAAGAAUACCCCUGAAAGACUGAAGUAGCACCUUAGAUAUUUGAAUUUUUGCAUUUGUAAAAAGUACAUGUCUUUAUAACGUCCUGCAUUUGAGAUUGAUACCUUCCCCCGAUCACAUUGGGUUCAUUUUUGUUGAAAUGUUUUUUGGAGAAGAAUGGCUUGCUCAUUAUGUAUAAAAAAGAUUAUAUGAACAUUUGGAACAACUGAAUUGCUGCUUCAAAUGAGUCAAAAGUGGCCAUUGUAUGCAAGUUUGCUCAAAAAAACAACUUUUGUUGUGAGGUAUCACCUAUUGUCACAUUUCAUUGCUGUUUUGUUCAACUCUUCAGUUUUUUUAUUAAUUGUAUUUUUUUUAAUUUUUAUUUUUUUAACCGGUGUUGCUUUCAGCUGUAAAGAGAACAGUUGUAAAUGAUUACCAGUGAAAUGUCAGAACUCCCAUUAGCCAUAUCUCAUUUAAAAUGGACUCGGCAGUCUUUGUAUCUUAAGGUGUGCGCAUUCUCUAACUUUUAUAUUGUCAUUUUACGUACUAAAAUGAUUAAAAAAAAAAACAACAAAAACAAACAAAGAACAGAUUGUGUACAUAGAUAUAUGCUCUAGAGCUACAAAAUGUCUUUUUUUAAAGAAAAUACAAAUUUAGCUUCUUUGGCUUGGUUUACAGAAAUGAUUUUAAUUGUACGUGCAUCCAAUUUGAUGCAUGGAAUGGUGUGGAAAAUAAAUAAGCGAUGCACAAUGACUAUACAUUUCAAUGUUUUAUCAACAUUAUUGUAAAAGAAACAACAAAGAAACAUUUUUAGCGCAGAUUAGAUUGUUUCUUUUCCUUUCUCAAUUGUAAAAUAAACCCCAAAGCAGUUGUUAACAGUCAUGCAUUUGUGGUUGUGUAUUCAUUUGUCAUAAUGAAGCAUCACGUUUCAUAUGUAUAAGACACUCUGGAGCAUCAUCGUUGCUGCAAAUUAAAGGAAUGACGCUAAAAACUGCUAGCCCGGUGUAAUACAUUUUUUCAUUUUUUUUUUUUUUAGAUUUUAACUUCCCUCCUGACUCGUACUAUUUGUGUUAUAAACCGAAUCUGCUUUGCUCUUUUCAAAGCUAGAGAAAAUCAACUGGUGUGAGACAGCUGCAGCAUACCACUAUUGAUUAUGAUAAUGUUUAAGAUGACAGGAAUGAUAAGAGCCUGUAAGAGUGCCUAUUGUGCAGUAAGAAACCCAUGCUCUGCUUGUGACUGGCCCUUGGAGGGCAUGCUCUAAAGGGCCAGUGUUAUAUUAAUUAAUGACAGCAGUGUACUCUAACCAGUGAUCACAUCAGAAGGGUGUCUGUUCUGCUUGAUGUAGUCUCCUGACACUAUAAAAAAUAAACUCAAGGUUUUUUUUCA